AUGCCUGGGGCCAAACGCAGAUCUGAUGUUACUGAGGGAAAUGCUAGGAAAAAGAGCAAAUUGAAGAAGUUGCCUGAAAACGAAGUUGGUACUCAGAAUGAUGCCGCUUCUGACCUGGAUCAAGAUUCGGAUGCCCCGAAGCCUGCCGCGAAACGAGACUCGUUCAAAGCUACGAAGGGAGAAUGGCGGAAGACAAAUGGGAAAGCCUCUGCAGGUGGUGAUAAAUUCGCUAAAAUGACUUCAAAGGACACCCAUAUAAAGCAGAAAUCCGUUGCCCAGGAACGAAAACUAGCCAAGCCAAAUGCACCCUUGAUUGUCAGAACGAAAAAGCUCUGGGAAAGAUUGCGCCUGAAAUCCCACGUCCCUCGCGAUGAACGGAAACAGCUCGUAGCCGAACUCUAUAGUAUCAUUACUGGCAGGGUGCACGAUUUUAUUUUUAAGCAUGACUCCGUGAGAGUCAUACAAACUGCUCUGAAGUAUGGCAUACCUGAUCAACGCAAGGCUAUUGCCCUAGAGUUAAAAGGAGCCUAUCGCGAUCUAGCGGAAAGCAAGUAUGGCAAAUUUCUCCUUGCCAAACUCGUGGUUCAUGGCGAUGAGGAGAUCAGAGACAUGAUUGUGCCUGAGUUUUAUGGCCACGUUAGGAAAUUGAUGAGACAUCCAGAGGCGGCUUGGAUUUUGGAUGAUAUUUACCGACAGGCAUUAACACCCACGCAAAAGAGUGCGCUGCUUCGCGAAUGGUACGGCCCUGAGUUUGCGAUAUUCAAGACACCAACUGCGAAUGAAACCUCUGAACUGUCGAAAAUUCUGGAGGAAGCUCCUGAAAAGAGGGCCCCGAUCAUGCAGCAUCUUCUCGAGCUUAUCAACCUGCUCGUCCAGAAGAAGACUACAGGGUUUACUAUGUUACACGACGCAAUGCUUCAAUACUUUUUGGAUACAAAACCUGGCAGCACUGAGGCUAGUGAAUUUAUUGAGCUGUUGAAAGUCGACGAGGACGGAAAUUUAGAAAAAAACUUGGCUUUUACAAAAUCUGGCGCGAGAUUGAUGUGUCUUGUCCUUGCAUAUUCGACAGCUAAAGACAGGAAGCUGUUAUUACGGAUGUAUCGUGAUACAAUUUCCAUGAUAGCGGAGGACGCGCAUGCCCACAGCAUUCUCCUGACAGCAUACGAGGUCGUCGAUGAUACGAAACUCACCGCGAAACUGAUUUUUUCCGAACUAUUUGGAGACAUGGCUUCCAGCAGUCAACGCCACGAAGUUCUGCUUCAGCAAGUAGAGCAUCCUUCCUAUCGUAUUCCCCUACUCUAUCUUUUCGGAGGCGACAAGCUCUCAUGGCUUCUAAGUGAAGCCGACAAAAAGAUCCUCGACGAGGUCCGUAGCAUCAGAUCGAGCACUUCAAAGAAAGAUCCCACAGUGCGACGCAAUGAAUUGAUUAGCGCCGCAUCACCUACGAUGCUCGAAUUCGUCGCUUCGUCAGCGGGCUCGCUUGUAAAAACUGCUUCCGGCUGUCGGUGUAUUACAGAGGUAGUUCUAGGUGCUAGUGGAGAUAAAGCUGCUGCCGUGGCUGCUGUUGUUGCAACUGUUAAUUCCGAGCCAGAGGCUAUGGGGACACCAUUUGCUGGACGAAUGCUGAAGUCGCUGGUGCAGGGUGGCAGAUACAACCCCGACCUAAAAGCAGUGGAAAAAAGCCAGCCUCCUUUGCAAUUCGAUGCAUUGCUCUACGACGAAAUCAAGAAGGACGUGUUGUCAUGGUUAGUUGGGCCGAACCCGUUUGUCCUUGUUGCUUUGUUGGAAGCGGACGACUUUACGAAAAGAGAAGAGCUCAUCAAAACAUUAAACACUCACAAAAAAGAGCUUUCGAAACUUACUGAAUCGUUAUCGAAAAAAGAAGACGAAAAAUCCGGGGCCCAGCAAGCCAACAGGAAAGCAGCUCGACUUCUGCUCGAUGCAAUGAAGUGA